AGCAGACCAGCUUCCUGUCGCUCUGUGCUGCUGCCUCUGAUACAGGACUGAGCUGGGCUGUUGGCCAGCCUCCUAAAAAGAUGUACUGGCAAGGGCAGGAGGGAAAAUGCAUGUAGUCUAUAGCAUUAACCUUGCUUAUCCGUUAGACCACACUAGUACAUCUCUAAUGUGGAUACACAUUUUGUAGUUAGAACCCAGAAAAUUUGCAGAUAUCUGCUUUCUGUCUGUGGGUAUCCACAUCCACAGUUGUCCAUGCAGAUAUCUGCAGCUCAUUUUUUGAAGAUAGGGAUGUGGAUACAAAUUGUGCAUCUGCAGAGGUUCUACAGAUUAUGCUGCAAUGAGGUCUUGAGGGCGAGAUCAGGCUAUAAUCAACUGCUCUCAAGUCCACACUAGGGAUGUGAAUGGGAUGAGUCAGCAGUCUUGUGCUGGGUGAUAGCAGCAGUGGGUGGGGAGGUUUUAAAAACGGGUUCCCCAUGCAGACAGGCUCUCGCCUGCCACCCUGUGCUGCUGUCUCUGAUGCACCAGACCCCCCCAAACCUCCUGCCCUUCCUAUGUGCUGCUGCCUCUGAUAGAAAGGCAGCAGCGCAGAGGGUGAGGGAGGCAUCCUGCCAUCCAACGGAGCAGCCUCUAUCUGCGGUGAUCCUGGGCCCUGGGUUUGCUCUAUAAGUCUAGCAGUGGAAAAUAAUUGGGUGCUACAUUGUUCUUUCCCUCGUAAAAUUUUUUCUGGCAUAUUUCAGAUCUUCUAAUUUUGUCACCAAUCAGCUGGAAAUUAAUACCAACUCCUCCUUUUCUCAGCCUCAACAAGAAAAGAGAGGAUGUAGUUAGACUAAGCUUCCUCUGUUGCAUUAAUGAUAUGAGAGUUUCCCCAGCAGCACCCAAUCUCCCAUGCCCCAGCUGACAUUUUGGCCCAGAAUGCCAGCAUAACCCACCUGAAAUUUUGACAUUUCCCUCGUCCUUCCCAGUCCUGGAGAGAGCCCUGUGUCUUUUCCCUAUACUGGCUGCUCCAGCCCUGCUAGGGCUGCUGUGCUUGAGAGUGAGAGGGUCUGACUUGCUGCAGCCCAGAUGGGAGCCAGGAUGCCCAAACAAACUGCCCAUCCCCUCCUCACUAAUGCCAGCACCCACCCACUCCCUAUUUCCAUCAUCUACCCUAUGCAAUCUACUCUCCUCCUCUCACAGCCCAACCUAGGAUUGGGAGAGCACUGGGUUUCUCACAGCAGGCAGCUCUCUGCUGCUAGGUUCAUGAGUGUUAUUAGGCUGUUGGGAAUUUCUCCUGAAGAUGUACAUGUGGCUUGAAAACCGUACAAGUUCCAUUCUUCAUUUGAAGAGGUCACCUGGCAUCAGAUCUUGGUCUCUCUUUGUUGGAAUAUCUUCCAUAGGUCUGGCUGCUGCUUACUAUAGUGAAGACAGCUUGGGGUGGAAACUUUUCUACAUAGCUGGAUGUCUCUUUGUGGCUGUACAGAAUCUGGAAGAGUGGGAGGAAGCUAUAUUUGACAAGGACAAGGGAAAAGUCUUUAUUAAAACAUUCAACCUGUACAAAAAAAUACUGACUCUCUCAAAAGCAGGCCUUGAACAAGUGGCAGCUCCACUGCAUGAGAUUCGAGAUGUCAAUGUGGAAGAGGAGAAAGUGCGUUAUUUUGGGAAGGGUUACCUGGUAGUGCUACGAUUUGUCACUGGAUUUUCCCACCCUCUGACCCAGAGUGCGGUGCUGGGCUGUAGAAGUGAUGUGGAAGCAGUUGCCAAGCUCAUUAGUGGCUUUCUGGAACUGAACAAAGCAGAGAACCAUCAAGACCUGUCGCAGAGCAGUGAGACGGAUGCCAGUGAUGCAGAUGAACCCAAGGACAAGUAAUAAUGAAAUGAAGAAAGCUGAGCCCUCUGAAUGUUUGGAAGCUGUAUUGGCUGCAUUGCAUCU